AAAAAACAAUACUCUUCCUCUUCUAUUUCCAGAAAAACGAAUCACUAACCCUCUCCUCUACGCCGCCGUCCUCUCCUCUCGGCUAGCCAAGGAGACCGCUCGUAUCGAGCUAAAUCAACUUAGAAGGUUUCGAUUUAGAUGAAAAGGGACAGGAGUCGUCGGAGAUGGAGUUAUUUCGUCAAAGACGAGUAGAUCUGGGGAAGAGGCCGAUCAACGGUAGGCUUAGCCCCUGUAAUUUUUGUUUUGGUUUAUUGGUUGUUUAUCUUGCUUCUGGGUUUUGAUAAAGUUUUUUUUUUGUUUUUGUCGAGUGAUGGAGGGGAAAUCUAUGGCCGCCUCGCAAAGUACCGUCUACUAUGGUAGGUGAUGAUCUUAUCUCAAUGAUUUUUAUUUUCGGGUUUAUUGCAUAUUUAAUCGAUUCUGACCUCUA